GGUCGGCAGAUUUUGUGGUAUAUGUCAUUCAAAAAGCAUCUCAUAAUAAGUACGGCGGUACGAAUUUUCCUCAUAUACUACGGGGAAGUGCAGGACAGUUUAUCGGACGUGCAGUACACAGACGUGGAUUAUCGGGUGGUCACGGAUGGCGCAAAUCAUGUACUUUCACUGGGAUCACCUUUCAAGAGGCACACUUACCGAUACACUCCGCUCCUGGCAUACCUCGUGCUGCCGAAUCUACUGAUCCAUCCAAGUUUUGGCAAGUUCAUUUUUUCCCUUUUUGACAUCCUUAUCGGGGUGUUAAUAAAAUGGAUCUUGCUCAACUGCUAUCGUAGCAACAAGAUCUCGAUCGAGACAAAGUUAUUAAAACUAGAAACGCUAAACAACCGCAACAAAUACUUGAUCAAGCGGAAGAAUGAAAUUCUAAAUAGUAACAACGAAGCCCUACCCCCGAAGUACAUCCGGAUGGCGGAACUGAGUGCCUACUGUUGGCUGUACAAUCCGCUAACCAUGAUAAUUGCGACCAGAGGUAACGGAGAUUGUGUUUCGUGCUCGUUGGUGCUGCUUGCCAUCUACUACUUUCUAAAAAAUGAACAAACCAGCUUGCAGCAUUUCAUCGCAGGGCUCUUUCUUGGGCUUUCAAUUCACUUCCGGCUUUACCCUAUUGGAUUCUCGUUGGCAUUUUACCUUGCCACACAAAACCGUCCCUUAAGAUCGUGGCAGGAUUACGCGAGUGCAAUACUGAACCCAAACGAGAAACAGAUAGCCCUCGUGCUUGGUACGCUGGUAGCUUUGGGCACCACGACCGUCGUAUUCUACUGGUUGUAUGGCUAUCAGUUCCUGUACGAAUCCAUGCUCUACCAUCUAGUCAGAAAGGAUAUACGGCACAACUUUUCGCUCUACUUUUACCUCCAAUAUCUGAGCUCUACGUUCGACGUAACGAUUGUCGAAAAGAUUCUUACCUUUCUGCCGCAAUUGAUACUGAUCCUGAUGCUCACCAUCCGCUAUGGGCAGUAUCGACAAACUAUGGUAUUCGGAUUGUUUACGAUUGCUUUCGUGAUGGUCACCUACAACCCGGUGGUUACCUCGCAGUACUUUGUCUGGUUCCUUUCCCUGUUGCCGCUGUGCGUGAAGAACUUUAAAAACAUAGGAAUGAGGAAGGCCAUAUUCAUCCCGGUGAUGUGGUUCAUCUCACAGGGAGGCUGGUUGCUGCCGGCUUACCUGCUGGAGUUCAAAGGCUGGAACACGUUCGAGUACAUCUGGAUACAAAGUAUCGUUUUUUUCUUUUCUAACAUUUUGAUCCUGCAGAUGCUUAUCAGCAACUAUGAUAUCGCUUACAACUACAAAAUUGAUUAAAUAGCACGCAUGCACACCGUUCGAUACGUGAUUGCAACAACAAUUUGUAAAUAAAACCUUUUGUAUUAUUGCA